AUGCCUUUCAAAGCUGGAUUAGAACUGACUGAAUUGCAGAAUAUGACUGUCCCCGAAGAUGAUAACAUCAGCAACGAUUCAAAUGAUUUUACAGAGGUGGAAAAUGGCCAGAUAAAUAGCAAGUUUAUUUCGGAUCGAGAAAGCAGAAGAAGUCUCACAAACAGCCACUUGGAGAAGAAGAAAUGUGAUGAAUAUAUUCCAGGAACUACUUCUCUGGGGAUGUCUGUUUUCAACCUCAGCAAUGCAAUUAUGGGCAGUGGGAUUUUGGGUCUCGCUUUUGCCUUGGCCAACACAGGAAUUCUCCUUUUUCUGCUGCUCUUGGUUUCAGUGACGCUGCUGUCUAUUUAUUCAAUAUAUCUCCUGUUGGUGUGUUCAAAGGAAACAGGCUGCAUGGUGUAUGAAAAGCUGGGUGAGCAAGUCUUUGGUACUCCUGGGAAAAUGAUUGUCUUUGGAUCUACAUCUCUCCAGAACGUUGGAGCAAUGUUGAGCUAUCUCUUCAUAGUCAAAAAUGAACUGCCUUCUGCCAUAAAGUUUCUAAUGGGAGAAGAAGAAACUUUUUCGGCAUGGUACGUGGAUGGGCGGAUUCUUGUUGUCACAGUGACGUUUGGUAUAAUCCUCCCUUUAUGUCUCCUUAAGAACUUAGGGUAUCUUGGCUAUACCAGUGGAUUUUCAUUAAGCUGCAUGGUAUUUUUCCUGGUAGUGGUUAUAUACAAGAAGUUUCAAAUUCCCUGUGGUGGAUCGGAGCUAAAUGCAACAUCAUCUAGCUUAUCAAAUAGCUCAGCAUAUGAACAUAUGUGUAAGCCAAAGUAUGUUAUCUUUAAUUCCAAGACCGUGUACGCUUUGCCCACCAUUGCUUUUGCAUUUGUGUGCCACCCAUCAGUCCUCCCGAUUUACAGCGAACUUAAAGACCGUUCACAGAAAAAAAUGCAGUUGGUUUCAAAUAUCUCAUUUUUUGCCAUGUUUGUGAUGUACUUUAUGACUGCCAUAUUUGGCUAUUUGACUUUCUAUGACUCUGUGCAGUCAGAUCUGCUUCACAAGUACCAGAGCAAAGAUGACAUCCUCAUCCUGACCGUGCGCUUGGCUGUGAUCGUUGCGGUGAUCCUCACGGUGCCGGUGCUGUUUUUCACUGUGCGUUCAUCAUUAUUUGAGCUGGCUAGAAAAACAAAAUUUGACUUAUGCCGUCAUGUUUUGGUUACUGUUGUUCUUCUGGUUAUCAUCAACCUGCUAGUCAUUUUUAUCCCAACCAUGAAGGAUAUUUUUGGAGUUGUAGGGGUCACUUCUGCCAACAUGCUGAUUUUCAUUCUUCCGUCAUCGUUGUAUUUAAAAAUUAAACAGCAGGAUGGAUCAAAGUUGACUCAGAGGAUUUGGGCUUCUCUUUUCUUGGCACUGGGGGUAUUGUUUUCCCUAGUGAGCAUUCCCUUGGUCAUCUAUGACUGGGUACAAUCAGGAGGCAGUACUGAAGGCCACUGAAGUUCACCUCCUUCUGAAGAUACCCCUGUUUGCUACACACCAAAAUCGCAACCAUCCGUUCUGUUAUCUAUCCCAUCUUUUGUGAGUUUACUCAAAUCAAAUCCAAAUAAUGAUUAUCCAGUACUGAAAAUACUGUUCGAAAACAGACCCGUUUUCCCAUCACUCUGUCCCCCAGUACUGUGUUACCAGAUCAGCACUGAGUCUGUGUUAAUUGUCUGUAAGACCGUAUAGAGCAUUGCUCAU